AUGAAAUAUUUGCUACUAUUGAUGAAACUAUUUAUUGUUGUUGGUCGAUACAACCAUCGGAUUAUGAAAUGGUUGUCUAACGCCUCUGUUUGUAUUUGUGUGGCUGGAAACUGUGAUCUUGGUAGGAACGAACCAUGCUUGAUGUCAUCUACAGAUAUAGUUGUUGAUGAAAAUGGAUUUAUGUACAUAAGCGAAAGCGAGAGUACACAAAUCACUCGAUGGACGCCUAAUUCAACGGCUAGUAAGUGUGUUGUUGGUUGCACGAAAUCUCGCGGGAAUGCUUCAAAUCAAUUAAGCGGGCCUCAUUCAUUAACAUUCGACAAAUAUGGUUUGCUCUACGUUGUUGACUACGAAAAUCACAGAAAGCAAAAUUUUCAAAUUCUCAAUAAUUCAGAGACAUCAACGACGACUGGUUCAAUGUCAGCUUCACAAGAAAGUAAAUCUGACAAGAAAUUGAACAGAAAACGAGCGCAACUACCAAAAACUUUAGCAUCUUUGAUUCAUCGGUCAUCGGUAUUUGUAACUCCAAUACCGUCAACACCACCGUUUUUUUGUCCCGCCAAAAGUAUGCAACAAUUCAAUGAGCAUUGGCAUCAAUUGUAG